GACAAUCCCUCCUUGGCCCCUUAGGGAGACCCUGUUACUGACUCCGCCAAGCCUUUAUGGUGUUUCUUAGCAAAGAACUACCAUGAGCUUCCCCUUACCCAAUCGUGGUUCACCAUUGGCAUACUGCAAAAGAACAUUCACGGUUCUCCGAAUGUGGCUACAAACUACCCCAACUGGGUGCGAAGGGUCGCGGCUGCAAAACAAGACCCAUGGAAAGCGUGGGGUAUCUAUGAUUUCAACCCACAAGAUCCCUUACCACAUCGAUCUGUUGUUAGGGUUCGCCAGUCUUCGGUCCACAUCUUUCAAUAGUUUUGCAUUUCCUGUUGGAAUGAUGCCCUCUACUCUACUGGACGUGAUGAACGCUUUGGGGCUUCUUUCUUCAAGUGAAGAGCUUUUCCUUUUCACUCACACUUUCUCCAGUAAGUUGAGGAACCUCGACAUCCAUUCCGACAAGCAGGAAGGAGGAGGGGCGUGUUUGUCAGCUGCAAUAUCCUACCAAAAUGUGUUUUUCACAAGGGAAGGGAAGGCAUGUUUGGCUCAACUAACAUUAGCAAUUAAAGACUUUGCAUCAGGAGCAGUUUCACAUGAAAUAACGUAGGCAUAUGUACAUACUUCCCCAAAUCAAAUUAUUAGGCAACAAAUGUAUCAAGCAACACACUAUCCUCCACCAUCAAACGUUGAGCAGCAACAUAUUUUCCCUAUUAUUUGUGAUGUGCUUGGUGCUCCUGCUUCACCAGUUGUAGUGUCUACUCCAAAAACCAAUUCUUCUCAAAAAAGUUCACAAAGGGGGCGUCCUAAAGGGAGUAAGAACAAGCCAAAACCGCUACCAAUUGAUUUUUUGGAACCAGUUCCGGGGGAAGAUGGAGUGACGACUCGUGCCCAAAGAGCGUGGUUGUUGGGAAAGAAAUUGGGAUUGAAGCCAAGAGGGUCAGAAGCCUUGAUGCUUAGAGGAUUAGAGGCGCAAAUACGACAAAACCACCCUCAUCUCAGUUGACAUGUGUAUUGGAACAUAAGGGGGUCUUUUGUGUUUGUGGCGGGAACGCUCUUUACAGGUGCUGACAGUGGUGCCUAGCCCAUUUUUGUUGUUGCUGUCAAGGAAUUCGCUGCUGGGAUUUUGCUGUUGUUGUUGGCCUCUGUUGCUGUUGCUGUAUUUUCUUUGAUGCUGUCAUUUUAUGCUGUUGUUGCGUUUGCUGUAAUUUAUUUGCUACUGUCGAGUGUUUCUGGUGCUGUUGCUGACGAAUUUGCAGCUGAUGUUGCUGAUAUUUAUUUGGUGCUGUCAUUUUUUCUGUUGCUGUUGUUGACAAAUUUGCUGCUGUUGCUGUCAAUAAUGGGCUGUUGUGACGGGUUUCCUGAUGCCGUUUAAUUUGUGGGUGCUGCUUUAACAGAAAUUAGGAAAGGGCAAUUUAUGUACUUGUAUUUUUGUAUGGGGUGCAUAUUGACUAUCUUAAGGAAGUGAUACUCUUUUUCCUUGCUAGUUUUUUCCCUUUGGGUUUUCCUUAGCAAGGUUUUAAUGAGGAUCUUUCUUAUGAUUAUGUCUUGAGCAGUUUCGCGGGGGAAUCAUUUGGGGGUUACGUAGCUGCCAUAUUAAGUGUUUAGGA